CUCCUAUAUUUCUCGUAUACCUUGCACCAUUUCUGUUACAAUCUGGACAACAAGUCCACGGAGCUAGGCCAGUACUACAGGGGAAUCAGCGGUCCCGGACGACACUCGUGUCGCAUGACCCCCGCCGAUGCCCAGUACGAAGUCCUCUGAGGAGCAGCAAGAAUUGCUGAUUCUGUUUUCCCGCGUCCGCUAACAUAGCCUAUCAGUGACGAGAACCCUGAAAACUGGGACCCGCCAUCGACAGAAGAAAUGCUUCUCAGGGAGGCAGCCGCCGCAGGGACCGUAAUGACAGUCAAGGAAGCCAGAGAGGCGGCUGAGGAGGAGAGGAAGCUUGGACACCGGGCGUACGAUGAUAUCUAUCUCAAGCCACCUCACGCAGCCCGCUGGAAGGGCACGCGCGAGCCUGUUCAAAUCAACCCCCCGCCUUUUUCUGAGAAAGAGAUCAGCUAUAACGUUGGAAAGGGCGAAUCCCUACGACGAGAGGAAUACGCGGGGAAGGGCCUGCAAGUCAUUGUCAAAAUGGCUUCCAUCGAGCUCACCCCGGAGAAGCCCGAGUUCGCGCCCGGCGGGUGGCACGUCGAGGGCCAGAUGAACGAGCACAUCGUCGCCACCGCGAUUUACUACCUUGACUCAGAAAACAUCACCGAGAGCCACCUCGACUUCCGCGCCAUGGUCUGCUCGUACCAGGAUGACUGGGGCGUUGAACGGGAUGGGUUUGGCUGGAUGGAGCAGUCGUACGGCGCCAGGCUCGGCACCAUCUCCGGAAGCUCCUGCAUGCAGCACUACGGCAGCGUCAUCACGAGCGAGGGCCGCCUUCUGGCCUUCCCCAACGUCUUCCACCAUCGCGUCUCGGGCUUCAAGCUCGCGGACCCGACCAAGCCGGGGCAUCGCCGCUUCAUCGCUCUGUGGCUGGUCGAUCCCUUGACCCGGAUUAUCAGCACGGCAAAUGUGCCGCCCCAGCAAGGAAAGUGGUGGGAAGACCGGGCGUUUGGAGGUUUCGAGAAGACGAAGGACUCGACAAUGCCACCCGAGGUUGCGCAGUUGCUGAUUGAGCGGGGCCUGGGCCGAGGUCUGGGCGAGGCAAUAGCGGCAGGCAAACUCGGUGGCGCGAAGCUUCCCGCCGAGGUGCUAGACAUGGUGAGAAGUGAGGUCAGCAAUGAUGAGGUUCUGAUGACGCGGGAGGAGGCUGAGGAACACCGCCGCAAGUUGAUGGUGGAACGGUCGGCGUUCCAGGCCGAGGCCAGGGACAUGUUGGAGAACUCCGAUUACGGCUUCUGCGAACACUGAUGGCGGGCGCUGCGGGCGGAUGAACAUCAUGUUUGACUUGGUGGCAGGCUUUGAGCUGCUAGCCUGUUGGACCACAUGUUCAGGUGGGUUAUAUAUCUCAGUGCUGCCACUGCGCGGCCUUAUUUAGGUGGGCAGGUUUUCAUUGGACGUUUUGAAUGUGUCAUUGCUGUGGGUAAGAUAGUGCUUCACAUCCGAUGUAUGCACAAUUCAAGGCAGAUUUCCAAAGGCUGCAAGCCCAUAGCUGAGGAGAUAUCCAUCCGUAUACUGCUUCCGUCGGAACGGGGUCAAUGAGAG